AUGGUUUUCAGGACACGCCUUAAAGGACCUUUCUCUUCUCCAAUUCGUCACGAGGCACGUAUGAAUGUGACUUGGGCGCAUUUGGUCCAGUUUCUGAAUUUCGGAGGAAACGUUGGAAGUUUGUUUGUUUGUUUUUUUUUAUUUUAUUUUUAUUUUAAAUUUUCAUUUUUCUUGUAUGGAGACAAAAGAAGCCGGAAAGCUGAAGUAGUCCGGGUGAAGCUCAGUUUUCCCAACCCUGCCCUUUGGAUUUUAUUCUUUUUGAGGAUUCUUCGUUGUCAAGCCGCCAAAGUGGAGAGUGUGAUUGCAGAAGGGGGUGCUUCUCGUUUCAGUGCUUCUUCGGGCGGAGGAGGAGGUAGGGGUGCACCUCAGCACUAUCCCAAGACUGUCGGCAACAGCGAGUUCCUGGGGACUGCCCCAGGGCCUAGCGUUCAGAGAUGGGUUCCUUCACGAAGCACUAGACGAGAUGUCAACUCCUCCAAUGAAAAAGAACAACAUGAUGCAAUCUUUAGGAAAGUAAGAGGCAUACUUAAUAAGCUCACUCCUGAAAAGUUUGACAAGCUAUGCCUUGAGCUCCUGAAUGUGGGCGUAGAUUCUAAACUCAUCCUAAAAGGAGUCAUCUUGCUGAUUGUAGACAAGGCACUAGAAGAGCCCAAAUAUAGCUGUCUAUAUGCUCAGCUAUGUCUGCGUUUGGCAGAAGAUGCACCAAACUUUGAUGGCCCUUCACCAGAGAUCCAAGCACCACAAAAGCAGAGCACGACCUUCAGGAGACUUCUGAUAUCCAAGCUUCAAGAUGAAUUUGAGAACCGUACUAGAAAUGUUGAAGUCUAUGAAAAACACGACAACCCUCUCACUUCUGAAGAGGAGGAGCAACGUGCCAUUGCUAAGAUCAAGAUGCUGGGCAACAUCAAAUUCAUUGGGGAACUUGGAAAACUUGACCUUAUCCAUGAAUCUAUCCUUCAUAAGUGCAUCAAAACACUUUUGGAAAAGAAGAAGAGAGUCCAGCUCAAGGAUAUGGGAGAAGACCUGGAGUGCCUCUGUCAGAUAAUGAGAACAGUGGGACCUAGAUUAGACCAUGAAAAAGCCAAGUCUUUAAUGGAUCAGUACUUUGGCCGUAUGAGAUCCUUAAUGGGCAACAAGGACUUGCCAGCAAGGAUUCGUUUCCUGCUGCAGGAUACUGUGGAGCUGCGAGAAAAUGGCUGGGUUCCUCGCAAAGCUUUCAUUGACAAUGGACCAAAGACGAUUAACCAGAUUCGUCAAGAGGCAGUAAAAGAUUUGGGUGUUUUUAUUCCACAAAUGAUGACACAAGGAAUGAGACCCGAUUUCUUCAUGGAUGGGUCCUUCAUGCCUAGCAGGAUGAAGCUUGACAGGGAAGGUCUUGGGGGAUUGGCUGACAUGUUUGGACAGAUGCCAGGCAGUGGAAUUGGCACCGGUCCUGGAGUCAUUCAGGACCGUUUCUCGCCCACCAUGGGACGCCACCGAUCCAGUCCACUCUUCAAUGGACACGGUGGACACAUGGCUUCAGUUCCCCAGUCUCAGUUUGAGAUUGGGAGCAAGUCUUUCAUCAAGUCAAUCCAAGGACAAAAUCAGCAUUUCCAGAACCAGAGCCAUUUGACCCAGCAAGCAGCUCAGCCCAAGGACAUGCCUCCCCGGUUCAUAAAGAAAGGCCAGCUCAAUGCCGAUGAGAUCAGCCUGAGGCCUGCUCAGUCCUUCCUGCUGAAUAAGAACCAAGUGUCAAAACUGCAGCCGCAGAUACCAACCAUGAUUCCCCCGAGUGCUCAGCCUCCUCGCACACAGACACCACCUCUGGUACUGCCACCUCAGCUGGGGCUGAAAACUAAUCCACCUCCUAUCCAGGAGAAACCUCCAAAGACAAGUAAGAAGCCAGCACCUGCCAAGGAGGAACUGCUCAAAAUGACUGAGACUAUCAUGACUGAGUACCUGAACAGUAAGAACGUCGAAGAAGCAGUGAGUGCUGUACGAGACAUGAAGGCGCCCAAGCACUUCCUUCCCGAGAUGCUGAGCAAGAUGCUGCUGUGCACCUUGGAGCGGUUGGACGAGGACAAGGAACACGCCAGCACACUCGUUCACAUGCUGCGGGCUGAGGGCCUUAUCACCGGGGAGAACUUCAUGCAGGCUUACCUCAGUGUGUUAGAUCAGUGUCCCAAGAUCGAGGUGGACAUCCCUUUGGUGAAGUCAUACCUAGCGCAGUUUGCUGCCCGGGCCGUCAUCGCAGAGCUUGUGAGCAUUACAGAGCUGGCCCAUCCUCUGGAGAAUGGCACCCACUUCCCUCUUUUUCUGCUGUGCCUGCAGCAGAUGGCCAAGCUGAAAGACCGAGAGUGGCUUACAGACCUUUUCCAGCAGAGCAAGGUCAACAUGCAGAAGAUGCUGCCAGAGAUCGACCAGAACAAAGACCGCAUGCUGGAGAUCCUGGAGGACAAGGGCUUGAGCUUCCUGUUCCCACUGCUGAAGCUAGAGAAGGAGCUGCUGAAGCAGAUCAAAGUAGACCCCUCUCCCCAGGCCAUCUACAAGUGGAUUAAAGACAACAUCUCGCCCAAGCUCCACACUGACAGGGGCUUCAUCAACAUACUGAUGACCAGCUUCCUGCACUACAUCUCCCAUGAGAUGUGUCUGUCUGAAGCAGACGAACAACUUUCUGCCCCCACAAAGGAUCAGCUAGACCAAGAGAAACAGCUGCUCUUGUCCUUCAAGCCUGUGCUACAGAAGUUCCUGCAUGACCAUGUGGACUUGCAGGUCAGUGCCCUGUAUGCUCUACAGGUGCACUGCAAUGCCAGUGGCUUCCCCAAAGGGAUGUUGCUGCGCUACUUUGUCAACUUGUAUGACAUGGAAAUAAUUGAAGAAGAAGCCUUCCUUGCCUGGAAAGAAGACAUUACCCAAGAGUUCCCUGGAAAAGGAAAAGCCCUGUUUCAGGUAAACCAGUGGCUUACCUGGCUGGAAACGGCUGAAGAGGAGGAGUCUGAGGAAGAGGCCGAAUGAGGAACUGUGGGAACUCUGCUAUUGCUCCUGUGCACCUCCCCUAUGUGUGUACCCAACCACUGCAUACAUUUGUUACACCAUUGUUGGUUUUUCUUUUGAGUCCCCCCCCCCCCCCCCCCUUGGUUCUAAGUUCAAGAGCACACAAGUGGUACCAUCUCCUUAAAGAAUGGUGUUUGCUGCAUGAAACGGUGCAUUGCUUGGCCUUGUCCUCACAUGCUUCUUUUCACCCAAUGGCUGUCCUCUUAGAGAUGCACUUUGAGUGUGACCCUGAGCUUGUUGCAAUACUUACCCAUCACUGAUCGCAACUUGAGACUGUAAUCAUUGGUUCGCUGCAGUAACUAUAAAUCAUACAUGCAUUUCUACCUCUGAGCACUGGGUUUUAAAAUUAUUUAACCUGACAACUACAGUAUCCUGGGUGCAAGAGCAUGAGUCUUAACACCCUGGUUUACCUGUUCAACUUGACUAGAAGGUGAUACUUCAAGGUUUAAAGGAAAUACCCUUCUUAUUGUAGUGUAUGGACAGAAGUCAAAUUACACCUCUCCCUCCCCACUUACGUGUAUCAGACAUUGAUACUUGAAUUUUUUCCUUUAUUUUCUCAAAGCACGGUGGGAUUUAGAUUGAGUGUAACAAGUGGAUUUUUAAGCCUGUCUUUUAAUGGGUGAAUAAAAUUAACAUGAGAAACUGGA